AUGGAUGGGGUGGAGGGGGUGGAGGGGGCGGCGGUGGUGGUGGAGGUCGUAGAGAGAGAGAGAGAGAGCAGCAGGAGGGGUUGCGGGCCUCCCCUCCAGCCAGUGCAGCGGGACGGGGACAGAUGGCGUCCCUCGGUUGGACACGGCGAGUCCCAGUUUUCACCUGCGGGCCCCAUGGGAAAAAUCCGCCUUCCUCACACAUGCAAGCCGUGCAAGAGGCCCUGGAAUGGAAUGCUGCUGCUCCUGACGGCACUGCGGCGGGAUGAGCGAUGUGGAGUGGAGGGUGGGGUGUGGUGGGGUGGAGGGUGGAGGGUGGGGGUCCUGGGAGAAGGAUGGACCGCGGUGACAGAGAGCCCAAGAAGCAGGUCAAGGGAACAGUAA